CACACACACACUACUAGCACACACACUACUACUAGCACACACACACACACUACUAACACACACGCGUACACACGCACACACACGCGUACACACGGACUCUGUAUCGCCAUAAUCCCUGCGCUCUCCGCUACGCACACACGUACACACGGCGCCUGCAGCAUCACACAGCAUCACCACCACCAUCGCAAUCACUCGCGAGUGUCACCCGCUGCUGGGUAGCUAACUCCAUCGAUUAUACAACAACAAGAACAACAACAAGACCAACAACAAGUACUACUGCCGUGCACGCCUUGUGAACAUCACCAGCUAGUCGCGGUCAUUAACUCCUCCUGCCCACGGCCGGGGAAUCGAGACGGAGAGCCCCAGGAGCGGCAGUGAGGGGAGCCGGUCGGGUGGGGGGGGGGGGGGGGCUGAGGGGGGCUGCCGACUCGGCGAGGGUCGCCGCCCACGCCAUGGGCUGCGGCACGUCCAGCCCGUGCCGUUACCCCGGCCUCGAACAAGACCGAGAGAGCCAUGAAGUCGGCGGUGCUGAUCCAGCGGUGGUACCGGCGCCACGUGGCCCGGCUGGAGGCGCGGCGGCAGUGCACCUGGAAGAUCUUCCAGUCCAUCGAGUACGCGGCUGAGCAGGACCAGCUCAAGGUGAGCGGCGGUGGCACGGGCGGGGGGGGAGCGCCACGCCAGCCGGGAGGCCUCCGGAAAUCCCACGCGGCCGUCGCCGGUCACGGCCGUGCCGAGCGCGAGCCGAGACCUGGGCCUCGUUCGCAGACACCCUUACCGAUCCCCGCCUCGCGCCUUCGCCGACCCGCACCGACCGGCGUGGCGAAGCACGGCCAAGAACCCCCGUGGCCGGCACGGUCUAGGGGAGGCCUUCGUCCGGCAGUCGACUGACAGGGGGCCGAACGUCGUCGUUGUUAUUAUUGCACCACCCACCGUCGCCUCUGUCCCUCUGCGUGGCAGCUUCACAACUUCUUCAGCUCGCUCAUCGAGCAGCACACGCCGCGGGAGCCGGGGGAGUGCGGCGCUGGCGGAUACGACGAGGUUCCACGCUGGCUCGGGCGCCCGCCGGGCGGCAGCUGCGAGGAGGAGUCUGCGCUGUGCGACGCCAUCCAGGUGCCCGGCGACUACACGGGCCCGCGGCUCGACUUCCCGCUCGCGCCCGGCCAGGCCGUCGCCCUCGUCAACGCCUUCAAGAAGAAGCAGGCACGCGUGCUGCACGCUCGCUUCGCGCUGCGCCUGCUGCUGGAGGCCAGGAGCCUGCUGCACCACCUGCCCACCGUGCGCCACGCCUCCACCGCCAACAGGCGCGACAUCACCGUGUGCGGUACGGCCGGCGGGGACCUCCAUGGGCAGCUGGAGGACCUCUUCCUCAUCUUCUACAAGAACGGGCUGCCGGGUGUCGAUCGGCCGUACAUCUUCAACGGCGACUUUGUGGACCGUGGCUCGAGCUCGUUGGAGGUGCUGCUCGUGCUGCUCGCCUUCCUGCUCGCACACCCGCACGACGUCUUCCUGAACCGCGGCAACCACGAAGACUACGUCAUGAACACGCGGUACGGCUUCACGAAGGAGAUUUUGAUGAAGUACAAGGUGCACGGGCGGCUGAUGGCGCGCGUCGUGCGGGACCUCUUCAGCUGGCUGCCGCUCGCCACCGUGGUGGACCGCAAGGUGCUGGUGGUGCACGGCGGGCUGUCGGCAGCCACCGACCUGGAGCUGCUGGCCCGCAUCGACCGACACCGGUACGUGUCGGCUCUCAGGCCGCCCAAGCGACGGACGAAUCGGGGCCUCGACGCUCCUCCUGCCGACUCCUCUCCCUCGUCGUCCCCUCGUCAACAGCGCUCCGCCCACUCCUCCGUGUCCGACGACGUCAACUUCGACGAGGAGUGGAAGCAGGUGGUGGACGUGCUGUGGAGUGACCCCGUGCCCCAGGAGGGCUGCACCCCCAACUUGUACCGCGGUGGGGGCUGCUACUUCGGGCCGGACGUGACGCGCCACAUGCUGCAUCGCCACGGCCUGCAGCUGCUGGUGCGGUCCCACGAGUGCAAGCAGGAGGGAUACGAGCGCACGCACGGUGGCCAGGUCAUCACAAUCUUCUCUGCCUCCAAUUACUACGAGGUGGGCAGCAACCGCGGGGCCUACAUGCGCCUGGGGCCCGAGCUCACGCCCAGCUUUGUGCAGUACCAAGUGGGCAAGGCCACUCGCAAGCUCACCCUGAGACAGAGGGUGAGCGCUGUGGAGCAGUCGGCCAUGCCCCUGCAGGAGAAGCUGCUCGCUCACCGCAGUCAGCUGAUGGCCGCCUUUGAGCGUGCGGACCCUGAGCACACCGGUCGGCUGGUGCCCGUAUCGGAGUGGGCGCUGCUCGUGGAGCAGGAGCUGCAGCUGGGGCUGCCGUGGCGCUUGCUGCACCAGCAGCUCGCGGGGCCACCAGGGGGCGGCGGCGGUGCCGCCGAGGCGCCCGGCGGCUCCGUCGCCUACGCCGGCUGCUUCCCCGAGCGGCACGCCGGGCAGACGCAGCUGCACUCGGUGCGCGGAGACCGUGCUGAUUGUGGCGGCCGUGUCGGCGGUGUUGGCGGUGGUGUUCGUGGUCAGACCCAAAGGUGCAAUGUUUCAAGCCUCGCUCGAAGGAGUACGGCACUCGGCAUCAACGACGCAGUGGCACCACGGGAGGGUGCGAGCGAGGGCCGCUGUUGCGACCGUGCCGUUGGGGCCGCUGUUGCGACCGUGCCAUUGGGGCCGCUGUUGCGACCGUGCCAUUGGGGCCGCUGUUGCGACCGUGCCGUGAGGGCCGCUGUUGUGAUCGUGCCAUUGCAGGGCAUGCAGCCGGGACUCCUAGAGACGAUCUACCGGCACCGCAGCAGCCUCGAGUCCAUCUUCCACGCCAUCGACCAAGACCACUCGGGCCUCAUCUCCUUCGAGGAGUUCCGCCAGGCGUGGCGCCUGCUGAGCUCUCACGUGCAGGAGGGCGUCAGCGAUGACGACGUCCUCGGCCUCGCCCGCUCCAUCGACUUCAACCAAGACGGCUCCAUCGACUUCAACGAGUUCCUCGAGGCAUUCCGCCUGGCCGAAAAGCCGCAGUAGCCACCCCCGCAGCCGCACCGAGGGAGACGGAGCGGCGGAAUCGUGGAGCGUCGAUGGAUCGCCACCGUCUCUCCCCCUCUCCCGCUCCGGGCGUCUUCCGUGGACGUGCCGUGCGAUUUUCGCGACGCCGCCGCCAAUAAUUGUCCCCCUCCCCGCCCCCACGGGUUUUUGGUUGACGCUCGUGACGGGCCUGCGGUGGAAAUUCCACAUUCACGGGGCAGGCGGCCAGUCUGGUCCACUCCAUUUGGGUGGCCGCUGUUAACGUACCCACCCCGGAGGGAUGAUGAGUCAACCCUCAUGCAGGAUUUGAACUCGCUACCGACUCCGUGUUUUACCAAGAUCCACACGAAGACGUCGGUGAUGCCACGACCGCUACCACCGCCACGACCACCACCACCGCCACCACCACCACCACCUCUACCACCACCACCACCACCACCUCUACCUCCACACUGCCAUCGCUCUCCAGCCUCCGUCAGAUCCCGCAGCAGCAGUAGCUGCUGCGCAGGAAUGAGAUGCACAGCGACCUCCUCCAAGAGCCUUACGUUAGCAAUUGGACACCUCCGUUUGGAACUCUCGGCGGGAAGCAGCGCCACCUCCCUGUGCAGGAGGGAGAAAGGUUCGUGGAAGUCGACGCCUGGGUCCCACUUCCCAUGCCUGCUUCAUUGGCCUCUUCAUCCCCAUUGAGGGCGAGCACAUUGAAGGUGUCUUGCAAGCAGACACUAAAACUCGUGUUUGCAUUCGCACCGCUACAAUCGGCCAAAUCUCGUGGCACAACUGUGGUUGACACGAUGCUCGUGUCGGGAGCAGUGACGCAAUAGUUGGCACGCUUGCCCUUUGAACUCGGUAAGCUGAGUUCAAUUCCCGGCUAUGGCUAACAUCUGUGGCAAAUUACCAGAAUGGUGACGUUUGGUCAGACCAGCUUCUAUGAUGGACACAGCGCAGGGAGGCCUUCAUCCAGCAGCAGAUUGACAAAGUGCCGUGAUUUUGUUAAAUUUCAGUUUGUGUGUUCAUCAACGACUGGGCUGAGACCACCAGCCCAUUCAUCUUGAGAAGCCACUUUAUUAAAUCUGACAUCUAAACACAAUGGUAUCUUAAUUCUGUCUCAACCAAGGGACACAUGGUGAGCCAGCAAGUACCCCUUUCCCCCUCUGUUCGCCCUGCCCACUUUUGCAAGCACCACCUCCUUGGCCACUUGCACCACCCCCUCAGCCACUAGCACCGCCCCCACAAGGGUUAAGUGGCUCCCCAUUGGUCCCCGCCGAACGCCCGCAUCGUGAUUCCGGAGCACGCGGCCAGGGCAUCAGGAAAGGAGACCGGCGACAAAGUUCGGACUUUUCCCAAAAAAUAUUUAGUGGGGAAAUAUUUUUUGGUGGUUUUACACUCUACGUGCGGCUUGUAGAGUCCUUGCUGGAGGGGAUGCAGCAUAUGCAGAGUGGUUUAUUUAUGGGCCGGGGCUACGGUCCCCAAUGAUGCACGGUGAGAAAUGUCAUCUUGGGCACCGAAGUCCCCUAACUCCUACGCCCUGAACCCUUAAACACGAACCCCUAACCCCAACUUCCAACCGUCAUCUUUAACCCCAAUCCCUGAAGCUCUAGUCGUAACCCUUACCUCCACACCGCUAAAUUUAACCAUUCCACCUAACCACUAAAACCUAAAUCGUAAAAACUCCUCACCCUAACCCCUGGUCCUAAACCCCAACUCGAAAACCGUAACCCUAAUCCAUAACCUCCAAUCCUUACCCGACAAUUCUGCAGAGAAACCGAAUGAGUGGCAAGGGUUGAUCGGAAUGGACCGCGAAUGGGUCAGCGCUCACCCCAUCAAGGUCUGUGAUUGGACGACAUGGGGAGGGGGGGGGGUGCAGGCACAAUCCAAAGAAGGCCUGUGAUUGGACGAAAAUGUGCUCUGCGAUUCGAUCAAAUUCUUGCCUACGUAUUCUUUGGUUCUUUCGGUAAAGUCACGUAGAUAGAAAAAAUAAUACAAAUAAAGUGAAUAAAAACAUCACGACGUUUCGAUCGCAACACAAGCGGUCGUCAUCAGGGAAAGGCGUUAUCCU